AUGUCUUCAUCAUGUGGACUAGAAAAUGAGUGUUCUGGAUCCAAGUUACAUGCUUCUGCAAAGGUUUUUCAGAGUUCUGUGCCACCAAAGAAAUGUGGUAAGUUUCUUGGUGGCCAUUCUAGUAAAUGGGAAAAAAAAAUUAUUUACUUACUGUACUUCAAUCCAAUUGAUGUACCCUUCUUUUUAGGUCAUGGUGAUUCUAGCAUUCUGGAGCGUAGGAGUCCCAAUGCUGUGAAUGAGAUUCGAAUGAUACCUUGUGAUCCUGCUCUAGAUCCUUCCUGGAAAUAUCGCAUACAGGGUUAUUGCGAAGAUGCUCAAGAGGAUUGUUGCCGUGAAGAAUGUGAUAAGGGCAAGAAAGUAAUGUCUUCAUCAUGUGGACUUGAAAAUGUGUGUUCUGGAUCCAAGUUACAUGCUCUUGCAAAGGUUUUUCAGAGUUUUGUGCCACCAAAGUGCUGUGGCACCAAGUGGAUGAAAACUACUAGCUCCUCAAGAGUUGUGUCCACCAAUCAUCUAAAUGUCCUGAGGGUUCUAUCAUUCUGGAGCGUAGGAGUCCCAAUGCUUUGAAUGAGAGUCGAAUGAUACCCAUGACGCACCCUUAUGAUCCUGCUCACGAUCCUUCCAGGAAGAAAGUAGCCUUCAUCAUGCACCUUAAUUACUAUCAUAAGUUAACACGAGGGAAAAGGAGGUUCAGACUAGGAAAACAAGAUACCGACCUAUUGAAGAAGCUCUUGGUCUAUCAUCAGGCACCAAGUGGAUGAAAACUACUAGCUCCUCAAGAGUUGUGUCCUUCAAUUAUCUAAAUGUAAGUGUUCGCCAACAUCUCCUAAGAUUCAUUACUUGUUUUGAUCUGUCCUCUUCUUAUAUCUUUGUUCAUCUGAAAUUUC